CGGGGGUGGUCUGAAGGUCCGCAAAUUCGCCAGGAAAAUGGGCCCGAGGGCGUCGAUUAGAAGUCCUCGUUCGACGUAGCUCUCCCUGCCACGCCUUGCAAUGUGAGUGUGUGGAUGUGGGCUCGUGCCCGGCUGAGUGUGUGCACGCACGGUGUCUGGGCCCCGUCCCCGAGCGGGACUUUUCUAGAAACAUGAUCCGCGUCCUGCUGCGGGCUGCGGAGACGGCGGCGUCGGGGAGGCGGCUGCUGCGGUCGGCGUGCGUGCCCGGCAGAGCCUGCCCGGGGGCCGAGCCCAGCGCGCGGUGGCGGCCGCCGGGGCCGAGGAGGACGGCGCCCCCCAAGGCCGUCCUCACGGUCGCCCCGAAAAACAUCUGGUCGCAGGCCCACGGGCCCCGGAACGCCAAGGACGACGGCGGCAAGCCGGUGCCGGUGCUCCGAAGUGAGAGACUGGAACCCGCCGUGUCACCGUCCCAGAAAGUGAGAGAAGCUGGGAGAGAUUUCACCUACUUAAUAGUGGUGCUCAUUGGAAUCAGCAUUACAGGUAGCUUGUUAUACACGAUUUUCAAAGAACUUUUUUCUUCAUCCAGUCCUAAUAAGAUAUAUGGGAAAGCCUUAGAAAAAUGCAGAAUACAUCCUGAGGUGAUCAGUAUUUUCGGUAAACCUUUGAAAGGCUACGGGGAAAUGUCGAGACGUGGACGGAGGCAGCAUGUCAGUUUCAUUGAAUAUGUUAAAGAUGGGCUGAAACACAUGCGUUUGAAGUUCUACAUUGAGGGGUCCGAGCCAGGGAAGCAAGGAACAGUGCACGUGGAAGUCAAAGAGAACCCAGAGAAUGGCAAAUACGAAUUCCGAUAUAUAUUUGUGGAAACAGAAUCCUUUCCUAGAAGAACAAUUGUCAUUGAAGAUAAUCGGUCUCAAGACAGUUAAAAGGAUCGAGCAAGGAUGCUGUUUUCUGAAGGAUGUGGAGAGUGCAGAAGCACAACUAUGUUCACAACCCUCUUCCAGAAUCAGCUCACAGAAGCGAGAACAUUGCUCAAAAAGCAAAUGGAGAAGAUAUUUGAUGUGUUUAGGCAAACCAAAUUAGAGAUUUUCUUGUGAGAAAUCAUGAAACAGUGUAUUUUGCAUUUUUUCUUUGUCAAUCAUGACAGUAUUUCUAUUCUACUUUCAUGAUGUGAAUUUUUUACUGAAAAUUUUAUGCAAUGUAAAUAAAAGAUUUCAGUAUUUUA